UGAAGCCAAUGGGCCUCGUACACGUCCCAGUUUUACUGCUGAAUCACGUCGAUUCCGGGUUCAGAUAAGAAAAGCUCAAUUUGUAAAUCCAAAUGCUGAUAAUCGUAUUUUUCAAAAUCUAGGUGGAGAAUUGACAUUAAGCGAACAAAUGAUAAGAUUUAGUGAAAUCGCGAGUACGAAAAGAAAUGAAUUUAUUAAAGCAACAUUAAUUAAAAAAACACCUUUAGGCAUUUGGCGUCCAAUUCCCAUAACAUGUGAUGAGGCAGAACUUCAAAAAAGCGAAGGCUCUUUAAAAAAAUCGGAAAUUUUAUCUAUUAUUACCUCUUUAAUUCCUUCUUUAGGUGAUUCAGAUCGAUCGUGCUUUCGUGGUUUAUCAAAUAAGUCCCGUGAAGAAUUAGUAAAUAUUCUUCAAGAAGUCAAAAAUAUAUUAGCUGAAAAUAACAUUAGU